AUCAAAACAGGAAAUGGCGGAAAGUGAACCCACAUUUAAAAAGUUUGUUUGAUCUGUUUAGGUUUGUUUGAUAUAACCGUCUGAAUCUGGGUGAACAUUGGAGCUAAUGCUAAGCUAAUUCAUUUUUUAGCUUAUUUUGUUAGAGUUGGUCUGUUUGGUCGUAGCAGCAGGAGCUAAUGCUAAGCUAAUUCAUUUGUUAGCUUAUUUUGUUAAAGUUGGUUUGUUUGGUCGUAGCAGCAGGAGCUAAUGCUAAGCUAAUUCAUUUGUUAGCUUAUUUUGUUAAAGUUGGUUUGUUUGGUCGUAGCAGCAGGAGCUAAUGCUAAGCCAAUGCGUUAGUUAGUUUGAGCUCUCCGCCUGAAUGUGGGUGAACACCGGAGCUCAUGUUGAGCUUAUGCAUUAGAUAGUGUAAUUUGUUAAAGUUGAUUUGCUUCGUCUUAGUUUUAAGAGAACACAGGAGCUGUUGCGUUAGUUUGUUUGAGCUAAUGCUAAGCUACUGUUGCUAACAUGUGGAGAAAGGGCUCGUCUGAGGGCUCCGACCGGUUUGAAUAUUUACAGACUCUGGUCACAGAGUUUCAGGACACCGACAGUGAAGAGGCAAAGGAGCAGGUGCUGGCUAACCUGGCCAACUUUGCGUACGACCCAAAGAACAUGGAGUAUCUGAGGGAGCUGCAGGUGACCGACCUCUUCUUGGACAUGCUCACUGAGGAGAAUGAAAACUUUGUGGAGUUUGGGAUGGGGGGGCUGUGUAACCUUAGCAUGGACCCUGAAUGCCGACGCAUAAUCCUGCAGAACAGCGGGAUCAGCUUGGUAACGCAUUGUCUGUCGAGCCAGAGGGAGGAGACCGUCCUGUCAGCCAUCACUACACUCAUGAACCUCACAACGCCGUCAUCCCGCUCUGAGAUCACUGACCCAGCCAUCCUGCAGUGCAUGCUGCGCUUCUCCCUCUCAGAGAGCCCCCGCCUGCGCAACCUGGCCGCUGUGUUUCUGCAGGACUGCUGCACCGAGGAGCAGGUGGCCCAAGCAGAGCAGCAGAUGCAGGGACAGCAGACUGCAGUCGGCAUCCCGCUGCCCAGGGACUAAUUUACAGCUGAGGUAUUCAUUUGGGAGACUUCAUUGUAUUUAAGAGGAUUAGUUUGCUCUCCAUGAGAGUGUAAGAAAUACAGUCAGGUCCAUAAUUAUUUGGACAAUGAUACAGUUGUCAUCAUUUUGGCUCUGUACACCACCACAAUGGGUUUUAAAUGAAACAAUGAAUACCUGCUUAAAGUGCAGACUCUCAGCUUUCAUUUAAGGCUUUUUUCAAAAAUGUAGUAUGAACUGUGUAGGAAUGACAACCAUUUCUUCACACAGUCCCCCAACAUUAAGGGCUCAUAAGUAUUUGGACAAACUAACAUAAUCAUCAAUUAAACAGUCAGUUUUAAUACUUGGUUGCAAAUCCUUUACUGUAGGUACUGUAUGUUACUAUAUAUGGGCACCCAGACCUCACACCCCCACUCGUCUGGUGUCUUUCCACCACAUGUUGAUACUGCUGCAGGGAUCUGCUGACACAAGAUUGAGGUCCCUCAUAGGGACGCACCGAUCUGAUAUCUGGAUCAAAUAUCGGCCCCAAUAUCAUCAAAAUAGAUGGAUCAGGUAUCAGAAAAUGCAACCUGUACCUGAGGCGAUCCUUUGCCUUUAAAUCUAUUGCAAUGUGAGCUACGUCAAACAUCAUGGAGCGAAGGAGAGAAUCUGCUGUGUGGAGAUAUUUCACACUAUUUUAACUGCUGUUGCAC